GUAAAAUUCUGGUUUUCAAGGGCUGAAGCGUAAGUUACAACCGUAGGAAACUUGGUUGAGCUUCUUGAAAGCAGAAUUAUUUCUUGGGAUUGCUGGAUUUUUCUCACUACACCACUGGAUCCGAUAUUUUCCUGGUCGUCCUCCCAUCCAUCCCAUCCAUCUGUUUCGUUGAUGCGUCUUUGGCAUGGUUUGAUUCCAGCGGUGAAUGUUGGUCUGAAGGAUGACAAAGGAGGACAAAAUGAACAAAGAGUCAACGGAAGACGUUUUUUAAAAGUACAGUCGACCUGA